CAGACUCGAAGUUCAUCAUGAGCCUCACCACCGCCCUUCGCAGCCUCUCGCGUGCCCCAGUGCGGCCAGCGGUGCGCCUCUUUACUGUCUUUGCACCUUCAGGAUCAACUCCAUGGUUUGUCGACCCCGCGGAAACUACAACACGGCGUGCACCUCUCGAAGUCGCUGAGGAAGCACCGCCUGUACCGGACGCUGCCCCCACGCCGCUCAAAGCUCUCAGGCAAUCGCUUGUGAAGUCGCCCCACCUCGAUCGCGCAUCUGUGGUCGUUGCACCGCAUAAUGAGCUUUUGCCGGAGUCUGGGGAACCACCAGUAAGGGAAAGGCGGCAUGGAGUAAGACGCAAGCGGGGAGGGAACUAUUCUGGCGAGACGCUGUACGAAGAUACGGGAGGGAUCUGGGAUUGGGUGAUGCUGGCGCAGGUGAAGGAAGGAACAGAGAACCGUGGAGGUAUCGAGGCCGUCGUAAGAGAUGUGCACAGAACGCUCUCCACGCUCGACCCGCCCAUCACCCUCCCUACUCACCACAAGCGCGGCGAGCACAACGGUUGGGCAAUGAUCGACGCUGGCAAUUUCGCCGUACACAUCAUGAGCAAACCCGCGCGCGACAAGUACUUUGGUUCAGCUCUCGCGCGCCUCAGGCAAUAGAUACUCUCCUACAUACUGCAACUCCGCCUCUACCACGCAACCUCCUCUACACCGCAACCACAUCUCUGUACCAUAAAUGCAUGAUCUACUCGCCACAGGGGCGCUUCUCCUCGGUAAUCAU